AUGGCGGACUCCAUAACCGAGGCAACCCUUGUGAUCCUAUUCGUGAUAGGCGUGCACCUGAACAGGAACAAUCUUGUCCCCCACAUCCGUUCAUCUUCUGCCCGCCAUCCCACCCUCACGAUGUACGUCGCAAUCCCCCUCUUCAUUCUUAUGGCCAAAUUCACGAUUGUGCACUCGAUAUACAUCUACAGCCUCGCCUACGACCACCGACAAAUCCAGGCCCUUGUGACAAGGACCGCUUUGUCACGCGAUGUGGCAUGGACGGAAGCUGAAAUAGUGGAUUGGUUGCUCAGCACAGGCUACAUCAAGGGAAUCCGGAACCACUGGGUUGCGCUCGCGCAGCGGCGAACCCUCAACGCCAUGAUACUCAUCGGGCUGGCCUACAUCGAUCUAGCGAUUUUCAUGUGUGAUCUGGCCUAUCGAUGCUUGCUUAUGCGGUGGCGGUCCUCGAGGCGUAACCUGGGCCGUCAACCCGCGCAACGGGCGAGGGGUGGUCAGGCCCGUCGCCGACAUCCUGUGCGACGCCGAUGA